UCCUUUCUCCUAUAAAAUCCCCCCAAACUGUGUUCAUCACAAAUACAAGAAGAACUUGCUUUAGUGAUUACACUUUCUUUUAAUUACAACGAAUUAAAGAUCUCUCAUCUCCAACAAAAAAAAAAAAAAAAAAAAAAAUGUCCUGCUGCGGAGGAAGCUGUGGCUGUGGGUCUGGUUGCAAGUGCGGUAACGGUUGCGGAGGAUGUGGGAUGUACCCAGACUUGGAGAAGUCCACUACUUUUACCAUCAUUCAGGGUGUUGCUCCCAUGAACAACUUUGAGGAAUUCGGAGAGAAAGCAGCAGAAGGAGGAAAUGGGUGCAAGUGUGGAUCAAACUGCACCUGUGACCCUUGCAAUUGUUAAGAUUAUUUCACAGUAAUUUAAGUGUGUGCUAUAAAAGCUUUUGUAAUAAUAACGAUAAGACUGCAGCCAUGGAACUGUGAUCAUCAGCUCUUAGGUUUGUGUGUCGUGGCUUUUCUUUUUAAUUUUGUUUCUCUAUGUAAUGUUUUUCUGCUGUGUGAUUUGGGCUGUAACACAAACCUAUCAUAUCAAUAUACACUACUAUAUGUUUGUUCCUUAAA